ACUUGUCCUGUUCUAUACAAUUAUUAAAGAGGUAAGGAGAGAGGAACCCUGUCCUUUCUGUUUCUACAUCUUCGAUCAACUCAUAAAAAACGCUAUCGUCAAAGCUUCACCUACACAAUCCAUAGCCAUGUCAAGGAGCAGCAACACCUCACAGGUCAUAACAUGCAAAGCUGCAGUAAUAUGGGGAGUUGGGGAGGAAUUGAAGGUGGAAGAGAUACAAGUAGACCCACCAAAUUCUUCUGAAGUUCGAGUCAAGAUGCUAUAUGCUAGUAUUUGUCACACAGACAUCUCUCGUGCCCAUGGAUUUCCAUUUCCACUUUUCCCUAGAGUUCUAGGACAUGAAGGCGUUGGAGUGGUGGAGAGCAUAGGAGACAAAGUAAAUGGCCUAAAAGAAGGAGAUGUUGUGAUCCCAACCUUCAUUGCACAGUGCCAAGAAUGCGAGAAUUGCACAUCACAAGACACUAAUCUGUGCCCAAAAUUCCCCAUAAUACGUAACGGUCUAAUGCCAGACAACACCUCAAGAAUGUCCAUUAGAGGCCAUAACUUGUACCACGUGUUUACUUGCUCCACAUGGUCUGAAUACAUGGUUAUUGAUUCCAAGUACACUGCAAAGAUUAAUCCAACUAUACCUCUGCCUUAUGCAAGUUUUUUAUCAUGUGGGUUUUCAACUGGGUUUGGAGCAGCUUGGAAGGAGGCAAAGGUUAAAGAAGGUUCAACUGUGGCUGUAUUAGGCCUUGGUGCAGUUGGGUUAGGGGCUAUUGAAGGAGCUCGAAUGCAAGGGGCAGCUACCAUAAUAGGUGUAGAUAAGAAUAGUAAAAGAAGAGAGAAGGGACAAGCUUUUGGAAUGACACAUUUCAUAAACCCAGAUGAAUUUGACGAACCCAUUUCACAACUGGUGAAAGACUUGACUGGUGGAAUAGGAGUGGAUUAUUGCUUCGAGUGCAGUGGCGCUGCACCCUUAGUCAAUGAAGCUCUUCAAUCCACAAAAAUGGGAAGAGGAAAAGCAAUGGUGAUAGGUUCUGGACAUGAAACUGUGACAAUCGACUUCUUGCCCUUACUGACAGGCAGAACUCUCAAGGGGUCCAUUUUUGGAGGGCUCACAAUAAAAUCAGACCUUCCAUAUUUGCUCGACAACUGCAAAAACAAGGAAUUUCAUCUUGAUGAGCUUUUGACUCAUGAAGUUUCACUGCAAGAUAUAGGCAAGGCAUUUGAUAUGUUGAAGCAACCAGAUUGUGUAAAGGUUGUUGUCAAGAUUCAUUAGUCUCAGCUACAAGUGUAGAGCGUGUCUGCCCCCAAGUAAUAUUUCCUACAACUCUUUCAGAGAAAAUUAGUGCCAUCUAUGCUAAUAAAUUGACGUGAAAGCUAUUAAUGAUAUCAGAAAAAUGGGCUUUCAUGUAUCAGUAUGUUAGGAUCUAACUGUUGCCAGAUAUACUUUUAGUUCGAUAAGUGAUUUCCUUGGCAAAGAACUAGCAUACAAAUAACUUCAAUGAUUUAGCAUGUUGGGAUUGGCUGCAAACAAGA